GCCGUGUUCGCCAAAGCGACGCCGCGCCCGUUAUCGUUCCGGCCGAUCGUCGGUGUGUGGAAAAAAGGUGGGACGAAACGUUCGGCCGUCGUCGACGUUCUCCUUUCACUCGCGAUUAAAUUUGCCCGAGACCUUCUGUCGGCCUAGCGUCGCCGCUAGGCGAGAAAAUCGAGCGCACGCGGCGCGCUCGCCACGUUAUCGCGGCCGCCUCCGCCUCGACGGCAUCGAGAAUCGGCCCGGCGCGGAUCCAGGGGAAGCUCGGUCGACGCCGACGACACGGGACACGGCGGAACUGAUGUUCGGGCCAGGCCGGAAGAGAUACAGGGGACGAACGAGCGACACUCUCGCUGGAAGUUCAAGGCCGGAGCCGUGAAAAAGGAGGCGUUCCUCGCCUGGCAAGCUGGAUACGCCGGAUAAACUGGCAGCAGUCGAGAGUGCGUGCUCGCCUGGAUGAAGAUUGCGCUGCAGCGGAUGACCGGUUCAUAGGGGCGUUUAUUCCAGACAGGGACAGGAUCCGCGGACCGAGCCAAACUGCCGCCACGAGCUUGUAAAUUUACAUUGGAAAUCGGCCGGAACGGUGGAAACACUUCGAGGAAAAGAAGUUUCCCAUGGACACGGGGCGACGUGGCGAACCGAACUGAACCGAUCGACGAACAUUACGGAUGCUGGCCUCCGAUCGCGCGAUCGCCAUUUUCGAAAUAUUAAAUACAGACAUCUCACCAUGGUCCAAGAAACCGUGGACUAAUUGUAUUAUUCCUUGUAGAAGUGAGCAACCAUGGCCUCCUUAUUGCACAUUGGGAUUUUUGCCCUUUUAGUUGUAGGACAAACAUGGGCAGAUUUCAGAGUGUCGAACCAAGACUUGAAAGUUCAUGUGAAUAAUAAUGCAUCAUUUAUAUUGUACCUAACAGAACCUGUGGUUAAUAGUGUAUCAGUAACACUAGAUGUACAACAUUCAGAUUUGCUCUCUGUUUCUCCUGAUAACUUUUUGGUCAAUGGAGCCAGUAAGAAUUGGACAAUAAAUGUGUUGGGCCAUAAUGCAGGACAUUCUAUUGUUAGUGCUAAUGUUACACCUAUGAAUGUCACAGAUUUUUCACAAGCAUUUGUCAGAGUUACUAUUGAAAAAUCAGAGACUCUUUACCAUAUAAGUAACGUAGUGGGAUGGAUCUACUUUCUAGCAUGGAGUGUCAGUUUCUAUCCCCAAAUAUACAUCAAUUACAAACGCAAAAGCGUAAUAGGUUUAAAUUUCGAUUAUUUAUCGUUGAACAUCGUUGGUUUUGUUAUGUAUGCUCUAUUUAAUUGUGGCCUAUAUUGGAUACCAGAAGUAGAGCUUGAAUAUUUUAGACGAUACCCAAGAGGUUUGAAUCCUGUACAAGUGAAUGAUAUAUUUUUUGCCUUGCAUGCAACAUUUGCCACUGUGAUAACUAUCAUUCAGUGCUUCAUUUUUGAGAGGGGCACUCAAAGAGUAUCUACGACCGCACGUGUUAUUCACGGUGUAUUCGCCUUAUUUAUAUUAAUUUCUGUAAUACUUGCUGGUUGUAGUGUAUUGACGUGGCUAGACUUCCUGUAUUAUUGUAGUUACGUUAAAUUAUGCAUAACGUUAAUCAAAUACGUUCCACAAGCAUUUUACAACUACAAACGAAAGUCCACCGUUGGCUGGAGUAUUGGCAAUAUAUUUUUAGACUUUACUGGCGGUAUUCUAUCAAUGUUGCAGAUGAUACUAAAUGCAUACAAUUAUGAUGAUUGGGAAAGUAUUUUUGGAGACCCAACGAAGUUUGGACUAGGAUUCUUUUCGGUUGCAUUUGAUAUAUUUUUCAUUAUCCAACAUUACAUAUUAUAUAGACUAGAUACCAGGAAUGGAACAAGUGAUGAAACACUUCACAAACAAGAAAAUAUAUAUAACAGCGAAAACGGGACAUUAAAGAAAACUAUCUGUUGUUGAAAUUUUGUAAACUUUCGUUUCAGUAUGAAUGAAAAUUCAGUAUUCAGUAUUUAAAGCAUUUUAGUGGAUAUCUAUUAUUAUAUUGUAGCUUAAAGUUUACAUUCCUUUUUACAUCUUAAUAUUGAGAUUAUUUUCUAUUUUUUUGAGUGUCUAGAUGAAUCUCUGUUGAUUGUUACUAAGGAAUAAGUACAAGAAAAGAGAGACAACGUAGAUUAAUAGGUGUAUAUACAUGUAAGAACUGAACAUGAUUAUGUUCAUUGAUUUAAAAAGAAAUAUGCUAUGUUUAUACUUAUAGCAAUAUGUUAAUUGGAUGGAUAGUUUCCAUAGUUUUGUUACUGAUAAAAAGAAAUUGUAAAUAUAUUAUAGUGCCAAAUUUUAAGUACUUGUAAAUAAGACAUGUAUUUAGUGUCUGUGAUGUUAAGAGCAAAAUAUGUUGAAGAAUAGAAGCAUAUUUUUUCAGUAUAUUACAUUAUGCACCUGGUGGUGGUAUUAUUUUCUAGUUCACCAGUGUAAACGUUUUAUUUCUGGUUUUUCUUUGUUACGGAUAAUGAUAAACAUAAAAGAAUUUUGAAUAUUUUGCAAUUAUUCGAGGUCCUACAUUUAUAUAUUUAUAUUAUUGUUAUUGUUGUAAUAAAAAUUGUCUGUGGUUUUGUGCAUUUUGACCUAUCAAAGCAUCUUAUAAUUUCAUUACAUCACAAUACCAUGGUUGUCACAAGAAUAGCUGUAGUACGUUAUUUAAGUUGAUGCGUAAAGAGUGCCAUUGAUGCUGCAUGCAGUGUGUACGAAAGCUAUCUGUAUACUAUGGGAUAAACUGUUAAUUGCAUAAUGAUUCAGAAUUAUUAAAACAGAUAAAAAAAAAAGAAUGUCUCUAUUGAAAUUGAUGUAUCCAGUUUUCACAAUAAACUUUCAGACGUCGCAUAAGAACUCUUAAUAAAAUUCUAUGUAGCAAAUAAAAUUUUCAGUCAUUUAUAAUGGACUUAUCUUGCAUGAUAAGAGAAAGGUUACUGGCUGUUUAAUAAAAAUUGAUGUGUAUGUUAUGAGAUAAGAAACAUUCCACUGAGAUGUUAGUACCUUAGUGAUGUAACAAUAUUUGUGUUUGUACAAAUUUAGUACGAUAAGUUAGUAUAAGCCAAGUAUUGCAUGCAUAACUGAGUGUGUAUGUAUUAGUGUGUAUGUGGGUGAACGUGCAUAUUUAUUAAUUUUUACUAACAACACUAAUUAAACUGACUCAUUAUAAAUAAAAACGCAUCGCACGUGAUUUUGUGUCUUAUAGCCGUGCUGUCCAAAUUUUACUCGUGUGUGAGACGAACUUACUUUAUUUUAUUAUUUAAAAUUUUAAACCUUCAUCCGGAUAUCUCCCGUCUUUGACUUUGUUCCCAUCAACGGACAGUACGGUUUUAUGGUAGAAAAAUAUUUCUUUUAGAAAAUCAUAUUCCAUCCGUCGCC